CCCAAAUUCUUAUGCUUCGCUAUGCGAUACAUUCGUUUCCUAAAAACUCCCCGCAUAGUGCGCCAGAAGGGCUCAUCCAAGACCAACAUCUCUUGCUUGAUCACCAUCACAUCAGACUUGGGAGACUCCUUCCUUCCCUACGAUCUAACACUUGCCGUUGAACUUCUCCAUGUUUCUGAGGAAAAUGACGAGGAAAACCUUGUCGUGUGGAAGACUACACAAUGGUUGGGCGGCAUGAGAAGCCUCGCAAUCACACUUCCAAUUGGCAAAUCGCAUAGAGCAUGGCCAUUGCGAAUUCGUGUAGGGGCAGACCCCAAGGCUAAAUUCGACGAACUCGAGAGUUUACUUCAAAACGAUGAUUUUCGAGGCGUCGUUUCCGCUUGGAGCGGCUUGGUAGAUCCCACAAACGGGAUCGACGUUGCUGAGAGGUUUGUGCAACGUCGAUUUGAAGCGGGAGCACAUCUUCCCCUACACAUCAACGAGGAAACGGGUGAAAGCAUCGCUCGACACUUGUGGGAUGCUGGCAUAUUACUUGCAUGUCGAAUCGGCAAGUUGAUUCGUGAUUGUCGGCAUGAUGGAUUGGUACCGCUCCAAGACGGACACAAACGCCUGCAAGUUGUAGAACUCGGCACCGGUUGUGGAAUAGUCGGCCUGACGCUGGCUAAGAUCAUACCUUCGUCCGAUGUCGUAUUGACUGAUCUUCCAGAAGCAAGUGAAAUUGUUCAGCGAAACCUGGAGGGGAGUAGGUCUACUUUACAGGGUACUGCUCAAUUCAAGGAGCUGGAUUGGGAGUCUGACCUACCAGAUCCAUUAUCAAUAAAUCCUACAACAUGCCAGCAUUGUAGACAAAUGGACAUUGUGGUGGCUGCAGACUGCACCUACAACGCCGAUAGCAGCCCUGUCCUGGUCAGCACUAUACAAAAGAUAGUGGAAACGUCACCUCGAGCAUUAAUCAUUAUUGCAAUGAAGAGACGGCAUACCAGUGAAGAGAUAUUCUUCGAUUUCAUGUCCAAAGCUGGAUUCAAGACAGCAGAUGUGCAAAAGUUCCCACUCCCAGGAGAUGAGAACGCCGGCGAGGAAGAAGUAGAGAUAUACAUGUAUCAACACAAGGGCGAGAAUCGCAACGAGGUCCCAAGAAGUGCACAAUGCGACAGCGAAGCGCGUGAAGAGUUAUACAAUCUACCCUAG